GACUUUUCAUUCAAUGAAAUCUGACCGUCACAAAGAUAAGAAGACCACACCACCAGUCCUGGGAAAACAGCAUGAGGUCACUUCAUGGACAGGUCACAUGACCAACAGGUGACGUUUUAGCACCAUCGUAACCUGCCAAUAAAAGCUGCAACCAUCUUUAAAAUCUUGCACACUUUUAUUUUUUGAUAUCAAGGCAUCUCAGGUGAGGAAAUCUUAGUGCCUUUAGUAUUAAUUCAAAUUGAAAUGCCAUAAAGGGUCAAGGGUAAAAAAAAAAACUAUUUGUAAUGUGUCUAGGUGUGUGUAUCCAAUUACCACUUUCUGUCUAUAUGUGUUUAUUUAAUUACCACUUUAUUUCUAGAUGUGUGUAUUUAAUCACCACUUUCUGUCUAGUUGUGUGUAUCUAAAUUCUUAUUACCACUUUCUGUCUAAGUUUGGGUAUAUAAUUACCAUUUUCUGUCUAAGUGUGGAUAUCAAAUUGCCACUUUAUGUCUAGCUAUGUGUAACAAAUUACCCCUUUCUGUCAAGGCGUGUGUCUCUAUUUACAACUUUCUGUCUAGGAAUAAUUGUUUUACAUUCAAUAUAUUGCAAUUUUCAUCAAUAAUUUCUUUCUUCCAUGCAUAAUUUCUAAGGUCUACUGACUUCAGCACCAUGUCUUACCUAUUCGCUCUUUUACCCUGCCUUCUGGCUUUGGCCUUGUGCCAGAAUGAAAUAAGGACGCUAGCUGACGCCCUCUUCGUCAAAUUAGAUCUUGACAAUGACGCCCAUAUCGAGAAACCGGAAGUAGGAGAUUAUUUUAAGGUUUGUGAAGCCAUUUUAAAAGUGCUUAAAAUUGAUGCCUCAGCUUGUUCACAGAUUUGAUCAUGUAAUGGCCUGUUUUGGGGGGGUCGUGGAAAAUUCAUCUGUUUUACUCUCAUUUGAUAUGUCAAAAAAUAUAAUGUUUGUUUUGGUAUUUUUUACACUUUGUCUAUCAGACCUUUGACCGCAAUGGGGAUUCAAGAGUGUCCCAACAAGAAUACGUCACCGUUAUAGACGCCCAAUACGGCGAUAACCCCGAAUGGCAACGCAUACUCCAUAAUGUCUUCGGCAGACUGGACUUCAACAAUGACAACCAUCUUGACGUCCUCGACUAUGACAGACUCUUCUCCUCUGCUGAUGUCAACGCCAACAGCUUGGUCAACGAGCUGGAGUUUUACAAGUAAGUUGUCGUAUUUGAUCGUCCAGAGCAAGGCUGCACAACAUGUGGCCCGCGGGCCGAAUGCGGCCCGCCAGCACUCAUUUUGCGGCUUGCAACGUAACGAAACGUUUGCUAUUAUUAUAAUUUUCUCAAAACCUUUACCUCCUGUUCUACUUUCCUUCGGCCCGCACAUGUUUUUUUCAUAAAGUAUUACGGCCGACCUUACAUUUUGAAUUGUGCAGCCCUGGUCUAGAGCAGUGGUCCCCACACCUCGACACAUUAGAGUACCUCAUUCCCCAAAGCAUAUGUUAUUUGUGGAUCUCAACUUUGCACUGAAUACCCGGGUGUUUUAAAAUAAAAAUGUUAUAUUUUUAACAAAGUCCUACAUUCAAUAAUAUACGUUGUGCUUCAUGGUAACAAAAAAAACUCAAGGGUAUGGCUCCAGAAACUGUAAUUAAAUUACGGUUCAAACAAUUUAAGAAUGUUGCUCACAAUAAAAUGACUGAUAGGUUAAAAGUAAAGAUGUUUAGCGACACUAGGAUCUCCGGAAACAUGAGAAUAAAAUGUUCAAGAUUUCAGGGAAUUGAUAUCAUGGGGUUAUUGCGAGUAAACUUUCAACAUUUUACUUGAACAAAAAAUCAGUCCCAAGUUCCGAAAGAAAGACAGUUUUCAGUUUUAAACAAGGCUUAUUGGUGCACACAUCAGAACUGUAUUGUACGCAGCCGUCGUGGUAAAACAGAGAAAGUUAAAUGACCGAAUAAAUAAUAUAUAGGUAGUUCGAGGAAGUUAUACAAAUGACGAAAAAGGAUCUAUUCAGAAUGGAUCUCGACUUGUGAUCGAAAUUCCCCAUAAAUUCUUGAAAACCUCUGGUAGUUCUAAUUUAAAAACGCUUAGCGAACUCAUUCAGAGAUUUAAGUAAAUAAAUAUUUACGAGAACUACACAAUUAAAAAUCCCCCCCCCCCCGGCCCAAUCCAUGACAGAGGUUUAGUUUUCAUCGUGAUUCACUAGAGCUAAGUUCACAUAAACAAAUACUCAUGCACAGCUUUAAUCCUAUGUUACUAUUUCUGUUUCAGCUUCUUCCACAGCCUUACCCUCUAAUCGCUGACGCCCGAGUAUGUUAUAUACAGUUCUUCUUCCACAACCGUACCAUCUAAUAGCUGACGCUCAAGUACAUUAUAUUAUACAUAGUUCUAAUAAGAAUAAACUAUCAUGUGACACAUC